AUUCCCAUGUUGCUUUGCGAAUCCCAGUCGAGCGUUUGUUCGAUUUGUUGGUCUAAACAUUUGUCUCUGUCUGGGCUGGAGAAUAAAUAAAAUUGAUUUAUUUUACAAAAAAUCUAGCCAAACAAACCGUCUCAAACUUGGUGCAUAACUGAGAGUCUUUGACGCUGCACGACAUGGACCAGGACUAUGAGUGUCGGCUGCUCAGGCAGAUCAACAUCCAGAACGAGAAUGCCAGCCCUUUAAAGGCCAUAGAUACAGUACGAGCCCUGACACCCACCAACUCCCCCCUGUCGUCACCAAGCAAACAUGGCGACCGCUUCAUCCCCUCCCGCGCCGGCGCCAACUGGAGCGUCAACUUCCACCGCAUCAACGAGAAUGAGAAGUCUCACAAUCAGAACAGGAAGACAAAGGAUGGCACUACAGACACUAGCAAAGCGGACGGCCUGGCGUACUCUGCCCUACUGAAGAACGAGCUGCUGGGGGCAGGCAUAGAGAAGGUCCAGGAUCCCCAGUCAGAGGACCGUCGCCUCCAGCCCUCCACCCCCGCCAAGAGGAGCCUCUUCAGUUAUUCUGUCAGUGCCAAACGAUCUCUACCCGAGGAUGGCAACACAGUGUCUCCAUACUCCUUGUCUCCUGUUAGCAGCAACAGUCAGAAGCUGUUACGGUCGCCUAGGAAACCCACGCGUAAGAUCUCUAAGAUCCCCUUCAAGGUGCUUGAUGCUCCAGAGCUGCAGGAUGACUUCUAUCUCAACCUGGUGGACUGGUCCUCCCUCAACGUCCUCAGUGUCGGCCUGGGAACCUGCGUCUACCUCUGGAGCGCCUGCACUAGCCAGGUGACGCGUCUGUGUGACUUGUCAGUGGAAGGGGACUCUGUCACGUCAGUGGGCUGGUCAGAGAGGGGGAACUUAGUAGCGGUGGGGACUCAUAAGGGCUAUGUACAGAUCUGGGACGCGGCAGCAGGGAAGAAACUGUCAGUACUGGAGGGACACACAGCCAGAGUGGGUGCGUUGGCGUGGAAUGCCGACCAGUUGUCAUCUGGCAGUCGUGACAGGGUUAUCCUGCAGAGGGACAUCCGAGCCCCGCCCCUCCAGUCAGAACGUCGUCUCCAGGGACACCGACAGGAAGUUUGCGGCCUCAAGUGGAGCACCGACCACCAGCUACUGGCCUCAGGGGGAAAUGACAACAAGGUACACACAGCACCGACCACCAGCUACUGGCCUCAGGGGGAAAUUACAAGGUACACACAGCACCGACCACCAGCUACUGGCCUCAGGGGGAAAUUACAAGGUACACACAGCACAGACCACCAGCUACUGGCCUCAGGGGGAAAUGACAUCAAGCUGCUGGUGUGGAACCACUCCAGCGUUCUCCCGGUGCAGCAGUACACGGAGCACCUGGCAGCAGUGAAGGCCAUCGCCUGGUCCCCUCAUCAGCAUGGCCUGCUGGCGUCCGGAGGGGGCACGGCUGACCGCUGCAUCCGCUUCUGGAACACCCUGACAGGCCAGCCCCUGCAGUGCACCGACACGGGCUCCCAGGUCUGCAACCUGGCCUGGUCCAAGCACACCAACGAACUGGUAAGCACACACGGCUACUCCCAGAACCAGAUCUUAGUGUGGAAGUACCCCUCCCUCACACAGGUGGCCAAACUCACAGGCCACUCCUACAGAGUGCUUUACCUGGCCAUGUCCCCAGACGGAGAGGCCAUCGUCACAGGAGCUGGAGACGAGACGCUGCGCUUCUGGAACGUCUUCAGCAAGAUGAGGUCCACCAAGGAGUCUGUGUCUGUUCUAAACCUGUUCACCAGGAUCCGGUAGCCAGAGGGGCGCAGCUGUCCGGCAGGGGGAACAAGCGGGGUGGGGGAACAAGCCCAUAGGGAAUAAUGUACUGCACACAACAAGUCCGACCCCUUAUCUCUUCCUAGGCCUCUGGUAGGCUAGGGUCCUUUCACAUACCCACGGCCAGGUCGUCAAGCCGAUAGAGGAGUCUUCUUCCACUGGCUCACCGCCCAUCAUAACCAGUGUGACAUCACAAGGUCACACCACCAUACCCAUAUUGGUGCUUUCCCCAGAAGAGGAAGAAGAGGACUCUGGAACUUUCCCCCAAGUGAUUCUGUUUUUUGACAGACACUGUGCAUACCUGCCAAAUACGAAGUUUGUCCUUUUAUUGAAUGUUUAUUUAUUGUUUUUCUUUUUUUUUUAACAUCGUUAUCACGUGUCGUCUGCUUCUGCAGCCUAUGUUUGGUUUUUGUUUUCUGUGUGUUAAUGUUUUCUGUGUCAGACUUUAUGAAGAGCCUGAUGCUUUUGUGUUUGUGCUUGUGCCUGCCUUAAAGGGAUAGUUCACGUCUAAAAUCAAACUCAUGUUUUCACCAUUGAAGGUAUGGAAAUGUAUGACAUGCUUUGACUUCAGGGUGAGCUGUCCUGUACCUGCUUGUAAACUAGUGAUGGUUAACCCUAGGGCUUGAGAGGUGGGAGCUCACAGGUUUUUUGCAUGUUGUAGACCAUUGUAAUUUAUUCACCCUGUAAAAACACCUUUUUAAGUUCAUUUGAAGUGUGAUGAUGCGUGAUAAUAAUAAUGGUGGAAAUCUUGUUUUUUUUUUAAUUAGAAAAAAAUCUGCAAUUGUAAUUUGAGCAGUGGCCGCAAACAAACUACAUAUAUUCACUUACAGUUAUUAUCUGUAAAUCGUAUUGUUUUGGCAGUUGUCUUUUUUCAUUUUUAACCAGUUUCUAUCUUAACCUACAUUUACAUAGACACAUUUCACAUUAUUGCUGUCUUGAGUUACAAUUUCACUCAGUCUGAUAAUGGGCUAGUAGCAUUCAAAACAGAUGUAAAUAACGAGGCAUAACCUUUGCAUUGAGACUUACCGUAUACAAGAAAGAAAAAACUGAUAUCAAAAGUACCAUUUAUAAUCUUAAUCAGGGUAACUUUUUUUCCUGAGUGUCGCAGGAACUGAAAGUCACUGUAAAGAAGAAAGGAAAGCUGUUGAUGGCCUCUUAAAGGCAUUACUAGUGCAUUGUGCUGUGUGUGUCUGGUAAAAAAAAAAAGUGAAAAUAUAUAUAUUUAGUCCAUGGCACUUAUCUUUUUCCUCAGCUUAUGUUUUGCUCUUGACUCUAAGCAGAUUUGAAAAUAUCACAUUUUGUUUUAAUUAAUUUAAAAGAAAUGUUUAGGCUGAUUUUUCUAGUGAUUAUUUUCCAUUUUCUCAGUUUGGAUGUGGUGUUGGAGUGACCUGGUGUGCCAUCUUUGAAUGAGUGGUAUUUAUUUGAGCUGUGUAAAAGUGUCCAGUAGUACACCCAUAGCUUGUUCUGAGAGUUGAAUAUUAUCUGAGAAAGGUGGAACGCUGAUCUGUUCAGUGUAUAUACUAGCUCCAGUCCUAAAUAAGCAUUUGUACUCCUUUUAUGCCACUUAGAAGCAAAUAAAAACAAAGAAUGCUGCCAA